CUCCGGGGCCCCGCCCUUUCUGAGCGCGGGCGCGCCUUGGCGGGAAUUUCGCUUGUUUGGGAUUUAGACCGCACGGACUAGCUGGCUCUGGUAGGGACCGCCAGGGUGGAUCAUUGGGACUGAAAGUGUGAGCAGGAAUCUCAUCACAACUUCUUUGGAGCCCUUGAUAAUCAUAGUGAACCCCACACAUUUCAGGACAUGAAGUAAACAAUGGAUAACUGUCCCGCUGCGUCGACGUUUCUGACCGACAGCUUGGAGCUGGAGCUGGAGACAGAAUGGUGCAAACCCCCUUGCUUUUCUUGUGAUUUUGACAACAGAGGAGGAGGAAAACAUUUUUCUGGAGAGUCCUACCUUUCCAGCGGAGCUCUUAAGCGACUGAUUUUGAAUCUUGAUCCUUUACCAACUAAUUUUGAAGAGGAUACAGUGGAAAUAUUUGGCAUUCAAUGGGUUACUGAAACAGCAUUAGUGAAUUCAUCUAGAGUUCUCUUUCAUCUCUUGAGGCAACAGCUCUACAACUUGGAAACCUUAUUACAGGCCAGCUGUGAUUUUGGGAAGAUAUCAACCCUACAUUGCAAAGCAGCCAAUAUUAGGCAGCAGUGCAUAACAUUUCUUCAUUAUGUUAAAGUCUUCAUUUUCAGGGCCCUGCAAGUACAAAAUGCUGAAAGUCAUGUUCCUGUCCAUCCCUACCAGACUUUGGAGGCACAACUUCCCUCAGUGUUGAUUGAUGAGCUUCAUGGAUUACUCUUGUAUAUAGGACACCUAUCAGAUCUUUCCAUUAAUACAGGAGCAUUUGUAAAUCAAAACCAGACUAAGCUUUUCCCACCAUCAUGGCAUUUGUUACAUCUCCACUUAGAUAUCCAUUGGCUAGUGCUGGAAAUUCUUCACAUGCUUGGUGAAAAAUUGAAACAAGUUAUAUAUAGUCAUCAGUUUAUGAAUCUGGCAGGUGACAAUUUAACCAAUGUCAGCCUAUUUGAAGAGCAUUGUGAAAAUCUUCUUUGUGAUUUAAUAAGACUGUCCCUCAACAGGUAUGAUAAGGUUAGGCCUUCUGAAGCAUUAAUGAGUCACCAUUGCCCAUGUCCAUGCAUUAAAGAAUUAUGGGUUCUACUCAUUCAUCUUCUCAACCACAGGAGUAAAUGGUCUCUCUCAGAAUCAUUUUGGAACUGGUUGAAUAAACUACUUAAAACACUCUUUGAAAAAUCAAAUGACCAAAGAAGACCUUCUGUGCCUGUAAUCCAGCCCAGGGAUCCAUUGGGUUUUAGCUGGUGGAUUAUUGCUCAUGUAGCAUCAUUUUAUCAGUUUGAUCGCCAUGGAAUGCCGGAUGAAGUGAGACAAAUGGAAUCAAACUGGAACUUUGUAGAAGAACUGCUGAAAAAGUCCAUCAAUGUUCAGGAUGGUAUACUAGAAGAGCAGUUACGAAUGUAUCUUCACUGUUGUUUGACCCUCUGUGAUUUCUGGGAGCCAAACAUUGCAGUUGUCACCAUUCUGUGGGAAUAUUACAGUAAGAACCUGAAUAGUUCUUUCAGUAUUUCUUGGCUUCCUUUGAAAGGCCUUACAUAUGUCAUUAAGUCACCCUUGGCUAUGCUAGAAAUGGUGAAGACCUGCUGUUGUGAUAAACAGGAUCAUGACCUAUAUAAAUCCAGCAGUAGUUACACUAUUUUCCUUUGCAUUUUGGCAAAAGUUGUUAAGAAAGCAAUGAAGAACAAUGGCCCUCAUCCUUGGAAACAAGUCAAAGGAAGGAUAUAUUCUAAAUUCCAUCAAAAAAGAAUGGAAGAACUAACUGAAGUUGGUCUGCAAAACUUUUUCAGCCUUUUUCUACUGUUAGCAUGUGUGGCAGAGGUGGAAGAUGUAGCAAGUCAUGUUUUAGGCCUCCUAAAGUUCCUCAAGCCUGCCUUUAUAACAUCUCCUCUCAUUUGGAAGGGUCAGAUGGCCUUCCUCUUGAUGUACACCCAGAAAAACCUGGACAUCAGUGUUUUGGCUGAGAUAUUUUCAGGUGCUUUCCGGGAGAAAGCAAAGGAGUUCUUGGUAUCUAAGAAUGAUGAAAUGGGACAAAGACAGACUCUCUGGUCACUUCUUUCCAUAUAUAUUGAUGGUGUUCAAGAAGUGUUUGAGACUAGCCACUGCUUGCAUCCUUCCCAUGAAAAACUGCUUAAUGAUGGCUUUAGUAUGCUUCUACGAGCUUGUCAAGAAUCUGAACUUAGGACAGUGUUGAGCUUUCUACAAGCUGUUCUGGCCAGAAUCAGGAGUAUGCAUCAACAAUUGUGUCAGGAACUUCAGAGGGAGAAUGUGGACCUCAUUGUGCAGUCUUCAUUAUCGGCUAAAGAGCGCCACCUUGCUGCAGUUGCCAGUGCACUAUGGAGGCAUUUCUUUUCAUUUUUGAAGAGUCAGAGAAUGUCACAGAUAGUGCCUCUCUCACAACUAGCGGAUGCAGCUGCAGAUUUUACUUUGCUGGCAAUGGACUUGCCCAGCACAGCUCCAUCAGAUCUUCAGCCUCAGCCAGUUACAUCAAUGAUACAACUUUUUGGUUGGGAUGAUAUCGUCUGGCCCCAAGUUGUAGCCAGAUAUUUAAGUCAUUUCCUACAAAAUAGCAUGUUAUGUGAAGCACUUUCUCAUUCAGGCUGUGUAUCUUUUCAAGCCCUAACUAUAAGAUCAUGGAUCCGUUGCAUUUUGCAAAUGUAUAUAAAAAACCUUUAUGUGCCAGAUGACUCGUUCAUUGAUUUAAAUACUGAACAGGCAGUUGAAAAAGACUACAUGGAACAGUUGGCUGAACUGACAAGGUUGCUAUUUAAACUCUCAGAAGUAAAGAAUAUUCUCUCAAAGGCUCAAGUUGAAUAUUUACCUAUCCAAGAAGGCCCUAAAAAAGCACUUGUUCUGUUCCUCGAGGCUGUUGGUAUAACUUAUGGGAAUCUGCCGACACUUUCUGAUAAAUCUGCCAUGGUCACAAAGUCCUUAGAAUACCUUGGUGAAAUAUUAAAAUAUAUAAAACCUUAUUUGGGAAAAAAAGUUUCCAGUGCAGGUCUGCAGCUGACUUAUAUGAUGAUGGGAACUCUUGUGAAAUCAUGGGCACAGAUCUUUGCCACCUCUAAAGCCCAAAAAUUAUUGUUCCGGAUCAUAGACUGUUUACUGCUGCCACAUACAGUAUUACAGCAAGAGAAGGAGCUGCCUGCACCUAUGUUGAUUGCAAUUCAGAAGAGUCUUCCUUUGUAUCUCCAGGGCAUGUGUAUCGUGUGUUGUCAGUCUCAAAAUCCAAAUGCCUAUUUGACUCAGUUACUAGGGAAUGUUAUUGAGCAGUAUAUCGGGCGGUUUCUUCCAGCUUCACCACAUGUUUUAGGUCUUGGACAACAUCCUGUUUUGUUGGCAUUGAGAAACUCAGCUACUGUUCCACUGAUGUCAUCUCUAAAGAAAUGCAUUGUACAAGUCAUAAGGAAAUCCUACUUUGAGUUUAAAGGAUCCUUGCUCCCUCCUCGUUUAGCAUCCAUUCUGGCCUUCAUCCUCCAACUUGUUAAGGAAACUAACAUUGAUGUUUCCGAGGUUGAACUACUCCUCCCUGGAGUAUUAAAAUGCUUGGUGUUGGUCAGUGAACCUCAAGUUAAAAGGCUGGCCACCGAGAACCUGCAAUACAUGGUCAAAGCCUGCCAAGUGGGGUCAGGAGGAGAACCUGCCGCCCAGCUGACUUCUGUGUUUAGGAAAUUUAUCGAGGAUUAUGGUAUGAGAUAUGAUUAUCAGAUUUACAGCAUUUUAGAAACAGUAGCAGCAUUGGACCAACAGGUUGUUAUCCACUUGAUUUCUACCCUUACUCAAUCUCUGAAGAGUUCAGAGCGGAAAUGGGGCCUUGGCAGAAAUAUUGCACAAAGGGAAGCCUAUAGCAAACUUUUAUCUCACCUAGGACAAGUGGGACAAGAUGAGAUACAGAGACUAGAAGAUGACAAUAUUGAAUCUAUUUUGUGAUUCAUUCUCAGUAUUAAUUAUAACUAUCUAAAGUCACUUUGCACCAUUCUGACUCCUACUUUUAAUUAAUUGUAUAAUAUCCUGUUAAAAAUACUUUCUAGGAUUUUUUCCUUUCAUACCUGUAAGUAUAAAGUAUAUACAUAAGGAAAUAAAAGUUAAUUAAAUAUGUUGUAGGAGCUUUGGAACUUGGUAAAACUGCAUUCUAAUUUGAAGAGGUUAUAGUGAAACUAAAGAAACUUUUCUUAACUGGGAAUGUUAUGUGUGUAUGUCUAAGCAGGUUUGUACUGGUUGAUCCAUGGCCAUUUUACUAUAAUGUGACUUUCUGCCUUGUGAGUAAUUUAUUUCUGUUUUGUUUUUGUUUUCUUAUGAGUUAUAUUUUAUUAUGUGACUAUUUCAAAUUACCUGGCUGCUCUAUGCUGGAUUUUUUUUUUGGAGGGGUGGUCAGGAGAUAGAACAGUGUAUUUUUUAUCCUUUUUUAUACUAUGCAGAACAGUAUAUUUGUUAUCCUUUUUUAUACUAUGCAUGAGGCAAGUUAAUAAAAUCCUUACAAAGCAUACUUAACUGUAUGAGGAAUGAGACUGAAUCUGGCUAAAUGAUUAUACAGAUAAUAUGUAUUUUAACUUGGGCCAGCAGUGUUUAUAUCAAUACUUGGGUUCCAACGGUUGCCAGAUGUUUUCCUCUACUCAUCCUUUCCCUUGGAGUUGUCAUUAAAAGACAGAUCAGGAGGAGGAUAAACAAGAGCCUUUAAGAAAAGAGAAUAAAUAAUAUUCUGGAAAUUUUUAAGUUUACAAAAUUAACAGAAGAGGUCUGAGAAGUCAGCUGAUUUAUCUCCUUGCUGUUCAAUUAGAGCCUCCUAUAAACUAGCAUCUUACAUGUUUGAAGGGAACCAGUUUAGUUUCCUGUAGCAGCUCAUCUCCCAACCGUUUAACUGUUCCAUUCAGGUUCAUUCUACCACUUGGGCUUUUGUCCUUGACUCCUUUUUCUAAUGAGCAUUAUUUGGUAAAAAGAGCUCCAAUCUUAGUGUUGGGAACCCACCUGGGUCUCAAACCCAGCUCUGCUUUGUCACCUUGAGCAAGUUCUUAACCUUUCUGAGCCUCACUUUCUUCGUGGAGAAAAAUGAAUAAUAACGCUUUUUAAAAUUUCACAAUGUUCUGGUAGUUAUCAGUGGGAUAAUUGAUUUAUAAUCAUAUAAUUUAAAUGUAUGUAAAAGUAUUUGUUGAUCUAUGUUCUGUUUGGUGGUAUACAGACAUGAUCACUCUAUCUCAUGCACAAAGGUGAAGAACACUUCUCAAUUUUGUUCCUCUUUCUCUAAUGGUAUGUCCUAGAUGAAGAUCCCACUUCUUUUCAAUGUUUUCUUACAUGUCACGUUUGCUACGUUUGAAAUAAUUUAUUGUUUUUUUCCUGAGCAUCUAGUGUUUAUCAUGGUUCUACUGUUCCUUCAGGAAAACAUUUCAACCCUUUUCUGACUCAAGAAGUAUCUUUUAAAAUGAAAUGCACUGCAAUCAGGAAACUAUAGUUAAUAGCCCUUCCCUAAUUGUAAUCUGUGAAGUCUAAAGGACUUCAUGACAUAUAAAUGAUUUCUUUUUCCCCCAAAUAAACUGUUUUUAAUUCAACAAAUGGGAUGACUAAAAGCCUCUUUAAGGUUACUAAGACUUCAUAGCAAUGAGUUUCUUUUCAUUAUAAUAGUGACUUAUUAAAUGAUGCAUUAUUUUGCAAGUUGUAGCAACUGAAAUUUAAACUAUUUAAUGGGAUGCCUUUAAAGAGGUUAUUUAUGUGUGUGUGUGUGUGUGUGUGUGUGUAUGUGUGUGUGUAUAUAUAUUUUUUCACCCCCAAGGGAAACUGAUAUCUUAGAGAAUCUUGCUCCUUAGCUUAUGAAACUUUUUAAGGGUUAAGAAAAUCUGCUGCUGAAUCAUGCAUUAGGGUGUAUAGCUGUAGAUACUAAGAAUAACUAAAGUUUAUACAUAAAAAUAUCAGUAACAAGAAAAAGUCUGUAACAAUACAUGUGUAUGUAUAUAUAUAUAUAUGUAUUUUUUAAUUUAUGUAUCAGUAAAGUUUUAAAGAAGCUGUUUUAUUAAUUGAAGAAAAAAAGAAAAUUUAUGACUCUGUUCCAUUUCUUAAGAAUCUUUACUGAGACCCGUAAAUUAUUACUAUAGUCUUGUCUUUUUCCAUUUCCAGACUAAGAGUACUUUAUACUUGCUUCGUUAAUGUUCCUUUUCCCCUAAAAACCCUGUAAUCUCUGAGGCUGCUGCUUCUACCAUUGUAAGGUAGGCCAGUCUAUUUUGGUCGAAUCUGGAAUGUGUUCUCAUUUUUCUUGGUCUUUGGGGCCUCUGUGACAUUGCAUUUUCUUUUAUCUUCUCAUCCCUUCCUCAGCAGUAUCGCUC